AUCUCCUGUAUAUAGCUACAGUGUAUAGUGUAAGACAAUAGGCAGAAAUAUCGCUAUCCAACAUGGUUCCAAUUGUUAUGCUCAGGGCAACAUUAGUCUUAAUGGUUAUGUUGACUGAACUGUACGCAAAAGAAAGCACACAGGACUUCAUCAGUAAAUACAACAAGUACAACACCGUCUGUCGAGGAAUGGGAUACGAAAGAAAAAGUUGCAAAGGGAGAUUUCAUGGGGCCAUUGCUUUCCAUGCUCGAACUUCAUCCGUUCUUCAAAAUCUCGGUAGCUAUGCUGCUGUUGUAUUUGGGAAAGUAACUCUAAACUCUGGAUCCGCCUAUAACGGUAAAACAGGAAUAUUCACAGCACCAACAGAUGGCAUCUACUCCUUCACAUGGACUAUUUUGACGACGGAUGGGUCAUAUUUUAACACAGAAAUUGUCAUCAAUGGAAAUCUAGUUGGCUAUAAUUAUGCUGACGGUAAAACUGGCAGUUCCCAUCAUGAAUCUUCCUCAGCAACAGCAGUGAUUAGAAUGAAGAAGAAGGACAGAGUCUGGAUAAGGACACAUGAUAAAGAAGGGAAAUAUGCAUACCCGAUCUGGUCGUCAUUCUCUGGGUUUCAAUUGUAAAUAAAAAAAAAUGCUUGGUAAAAAUA